AUGGGAACUACCUUUAGUAAAAGAGAUUUAUCGGUGUACUCAGCUGCCAAAGUUGGAGGCCAGCUGACACAAAGCAAAACAAAUGGCAAAUCACUUCUAGGGACGCUCCUUGCGCCGUUACUUCCCUUCUUUCUGGAAAACAAUCCUCUACCCAAUGGAUACCCAUGGAGUCAACUAAAUCCCACAACGGACUACUACAAUUACUUCCCACGCACAGGAGUCAUACGAUCAUAUGACUUCACAAUAAGUCGCGGCGUCCUGGCGCCCGACGGAUACCAACGGGACAUGCUCUUGGUGAACGGCGCAUUUCCCGGCCCUCUGAUCGAGGCCAACUGGGGCGACACGAUCCAAGUCACCGUUCACAACAACAUUUCCAACACUGAAGAAGGGGUAGCCCUGCAUUGGCACGGAUUCCUGCAUCACGGCAAGCCCUGGGAGGAUGGGGUCCCGGGUGUAACGCAGUGUCCGAUUGCCCCUGGCAAGAGUUACACUUAUACGUUCGAGGCCGAGUUGUACGGCACGACGUGGUAUCACUCACACUACUCGGCGCAGUAUGCAGGCGGGAUUGUUGGACCAAUGGUUAUAUACGGACCGCGAACGAGGAAAUAUGACAUUGACAUUGGCCCGAUCAUGUUGUCGGACUGGUAUCAUAAAGAGUACUACGACUUGGUACAAGAGACUAUGAAACCCCACGGCGUGCCAUUCAACUCGGACAACACCAUGAUUAACGGCAAAGCAAAUUUUAAUUGCUCGAAAUUACCAAAAAAUGACACGACUCCCUGCAACAGCAACGCGGGACUCGCCAAAUUCAGAUUCAAGCGUGGUAAAACUCAUCGAUUACGACUCAUAAACUCCGGCUGCGAGGCAUUGCAACGAUUCACGAUUGACGGACACGCCAUGACUGUCAUUGAAAACGAUUUUGUCGCCGUGGAACCUUACGACACAAAGGUGGUAACGCUGGGCAUUGGCCAACGGACAGACGUUCUCGUCAAGGCUGAUGGUAAACUCGACGCCUACUGGAUGCGCAGCAAUAUUUCUGAACCGUGCAGUCUGGCGAAUGAGUUGAAUGCCUACGCAGCAAUUUACUAUGACGGCGCCGAUGAGACCAAGGAACCGGCGUCGGUGCCGUGGCAUGUGCCUGACCCAGGGACCUGCGCAAACGACGAUCUUGCGAUUACAAAGCCAGUUAUGAAGCGUCGGCCUAUUGAGCCUGAUUUGACGUACGACAUGGAAGUGAGACUGUUUAGAAACGCUAGCAAUAUUGCGUUGUGGUCGUUUGAUGGUGUGGACUUUAGGGGGAACUACAACAGCCCGACACUGCUGCUCAGCGCAUUGGGGAACCAUACGUUUGAGAAGCAGUGGAAUGUGAAGAAUACAAAGGGUGCGAAGAGCGUGAGAGUUCACGUUAUUAACAACACGCCUGCUGCGCAUCCGAUGCAUCUACACGGGUUUAAUAUGUAUGUCCUUCACGAGGGACCAGGGAAAUGGGACGGCAAGAUUAUAAACAGGGAUAAUCCGCAGCGUCGUGAUGUCGUGCAAGUACGGAAGUAUGGACACCUGGUGAUUCAAUUCGACGCUGCAGAGAAUCCAGGAGUAUGGCCAUUUCAUUGUCACAUAGCAUGGCAUGUGUCGGCAGGCUUCUUUGCGCAGUUUCUCACGAACCCUGAUGAAGUGUCCAAGUACCAACGUACCAUGCCGCAAGUCGUAGCUGAGACGUGUCGGCAAUGGGGGCAUUGGACCAACACCAACAUACCGGAUCAGAUAGACAGCGGGUUAUAG